AUGAGAGGAGGAUCAAUGUUACUACGAGGCAACGAAAGUGAGGGCAAUAUUUUCAGUUUGGCUCAGUUUACUGGCCACGAUAUGGAUAUUACAGAUGAGGAACAUCAUUCCGAGCCAGAAGAAAAUAAUUCGGAGGAAGAAAACAAUGAGAAUCAAGUAAAUGAUGAUGCCCGGAAUCAGCCAGAAACAUUUCAGGAUCCAGGGGAUAAUGUGAGUGAUGAAUACAAACCGUUUGAUAAUAAUAGCAGUUCAUCGCUUUCACCAGCGAUUAUCAAAAAGAAGAUUGACACUGUGUUGCAUUUUGCGUCAUUACCUGUGGCGGAGGAUGGUACUGUAGAAUUUCUACUCUAUCAGUCAUGGCAUACCAAUCAUGAUACCUCCAUGAAUCCUUCGUUACCUGCGGAUUUCUUCUCAGUAGAACAUGUUCUGCAAAGAGAAAAGGAACUGUACAAUCCAGGAAGUCACCUUUUGCAAAACUUAAUAGAUCAAGUAAAAUCACUAGUCCUAUGGAAAAAACCGAACUCAUCAGUCUUCUGUGGUAAGUUGGAGGGACGAAAUACAGUGCCAGAGGUUGUGGAGGGGCGAAAUACAGUGCCAGAGGCUGUGGAGGGGCGAAAUACAGUGCCGGAGGCUGUGGAGGGGCGAAAUACAGUGCCAGAGGUUGGCUUAUUAGUAUCGAUCGGUUAUCAAGAGAGAUUACAACAGACCGUGACAGCUCAGAAUGAUAACUCCGGAAACAAUUUUAAACAUCUACCACUUUCUUCCCCGCAAUUUUCCAGUUGUUUGUUAGCUGCUUCUGGACAGUCCGUUCUAAAUUAUCUGGCUCAAUUUAAUCUAAAUGCAUCAUUAUCUGGCACACCAGCCGUCACAGCUAUUUCACAGUUACUUCAUAAACCAUCCUCAUCGGUAAUUAAGUUUAUGUGA